CGGCGGUUAUGGCUGGUCUUGGCUGAGGGCGAGGGUAUAACCUGGUCUUCGGUCUGUAGCCAUGGCGGCCAGGUAUGACCGAGCUAUCACCGUCUUCUCUCCGGAUGGACAUCUCUUCCAAGUGGAAUACGCACAAGAGGCCGUGAAGAAAGGCUCGACAGCGGUUGGGAUUCGAGGUAAAGACAUAGUUGUUCUAGGUGUGGAGAAAAAGUCUGUUGCAAAACUUCAGGAGGAGAGAACAGUGAGAAAAAUCUGCGCACUCGAUGACCAUGUCUGCAUGGCAUUCGCAGGUCUAACAGCUGAUGCUCGAAUAGUGAUUAACCGAGCCCGGGUGGAAUGUCAGAGCCACAAACUUACCGUAGAGGAUCCAGUGACUGUGGAGUACAUAACACGUUACAUUGCGACUCUGAAGCAGCGUUACACCCAAAGCAAUGGGCGCAGACCAUUUGGAAUUUCUGCUUUGAUCGUGGGGUUUGAUUAUGAUGGCACACCGCGGUUGUACCAGACUGAUCCAUCUGGAACCUAUCAAGCUUGGAAGGCAAAUGCAAUUGGUCGCAGUGCCAAGACGGUUCGAGAAUUCCUUGAAAAGAACUACACUGACGAAGCGAUUGCAACAGACAAUGACACCAUCAAGCUGGCGAUUAAGGCUUUACUAGAAGUAGUACAGUCUGGUGGAAAAAACAUUGAGCUAGCUAUAAUAAGAAGGAAUCAGCCACUCAAGCUCCUUGAUGCAAAGGAAAUAGAACACCUUGUCGCAGAAAUUGAAAAGGAAAAGGAGGAAGAAACUGAAAAGAAGAAACAAAAGAAAACCUAAUUCUCAUAAAAGUACAAAUAGUGAUUUGGUGCUGCAAAUUAGACGUUUAGUUAUUCAUCCAAAAUAUGAGUGGAUAGCUGCAUGGUGAGAUGCAAAAAAUUGAAGACUGAUUUUUCUUUCUCCCUUUUUCUCUCUCAUCCCCUCCUGUGCUGCCUGACGUUCCUGGAACAUGUUACAGCCAGUGUUGCUUUUGGCAGCAGCCCAGCAAAGAGCCCUCAUCUGAAUCCCCUUUCGUGGCAUCUGAAGACUCAAAUCAGAAGAUGCAUUUUCCUGCAGCAGUGGAGGCAUUUUCACCACUGAAACCUCUGUAUUACCAGGGUGCAUCAGUUUCAGAAAUUAUAAUUUUUUUUAUAACUAACCAUACCAGUUUGUCAGUGUUGUGGAGACAAUAUAGAUGCAAGCUCCUUUUCAUUUGCAUCAAAUGACCUUAGUCCUGGCUUUAAUGUUGAAUGAGAACUUUAAUGAAAAACAAGUAUUAGGCUAUUUACAACUCCGUACGGGACUUGAAGCUUGGAAAUACACCUCCUGAAGGGUUUCAGGGUUGCUGAAUGAUGCUGAACAAAAGUUCUGCAACACUGGUUUCUCGCAGAUGAGGUGUGGUGGAUGCUCGCUUCCAUGUUCAGGGGGAAAACAUUCUUCUGGAUUCAGUCCAGGAAUCCCUGUUGAAGUGUUGCCUGCUCAACAGUGAAAGCUUUUCCUUGUUUACAAUCAAACAGACCGCCAACGCUCUCUGCAAAGAUGACUGUCUUCUGUGGACAGACUGUUAGGGGGUUUGGUGAUUGUAUAACUAAGAACAGUUAAUCAUUUUAGGCAGUGUGUUGUGGGGGAAGAAUAGUCAAAACAUAAGAAACCCUCUUCCUUUUCUGUGCCACCUCCUGCCCACUUCCUUAAGAUGAAGUGGCCAAAUGCACUUAGAGUUUGUUGCAUGGACACGAGAUGCUCAUUAGCGUACAGACCAGGGACUGGAUGAAGUGACAAUUCCAGUGUUCUUGUUGUCUUGGCUGGAAACGAGUGGAAACAAUCUUGGAUGCAUGCUUUUCCUAGCCACCCAGUGAUUGCUGUUGAGUAUGAGUGAGCAGAAAGACAACCAGCAUUCGCAAAGAACAGGAAAAUAAACCCUCCUUGGGUAAUAUGUGUGGGAUGUCAAUGAUCUUGAAUUACACACUACUUCAAAUCACCAUCUUAAGCUGAAGAAGUGGAAAAGAUGGGGAUGAAAUAAAUUUAUGGCAUCACAGUUUUAAAGUGGUGUAUCCAGAAACACAGUAUUAUGUUUGUUUACAAAAGGAAUGUAUUUGAUUUCUUGGAAAGAAGUUGUAGGAAUUGCUGUUAUUUUAGUGUUAAUUAUUGAUGUGUACACUUUUGCUGUGCACACAUUUGGAGUGGUUACAGUUGCACAUCAAUUUAAAUAAACAUUAAAUUUUGCUUGCAGGA